AUGGCUUCGACUCUUGCUAUCGGUCUUGGUGUUGGUGUGGCUGCCUUUUUGGGUCGUGCUGGUCUGGUCGCCUACCGCCGGUCUCAGGGCGGCGUGAACGCUGCUGGAAAGGCUUUCUACAAGGGAGGAUUUGAACCGCGUAUGACCCGCCGUGAAGCCUCCCUGAUUCUUGAGCUCCCUGAGCGCAAAUUGAACAAGGACAAGGUCCGCCAGAAGCACCGUCAGCUCAUGCUGCUCAACCACCCCGAUCGUGGUGGUAGCCCGUACCUGGCCACCAAGAUCAACGAGGCCAAAGAAUUCCUCGACAAACACACUUGA